AUGACAGCAAGACCUCGGAGAACAGCCCUUGCUUUGCUCUUCUUUAGCCUCUUUGGGGUCCUGGAGGCAACAACAAUAUCGUGCAGGAAUGAAGAAGGCAAAGCUGUGGAUUGGUUUAUCUUUUACAAGUUACCUAAAAGGCAAGACAAGGAAAGCAGACAGACUGGGUUAGAGUCCCUAUACCUAGACUCUACAACCAGAAGCUGGAGGAGGAGUAAGCAGCUCAUGAACACCACCAAGAGUGUGUUGGGAAGGACAUUACGACAGCUCUAUGAAGCCGACGCCUCCAAGAAUAAUAACACAGCCUAUCUACUAUACAAUGAUGGGGUCCCUACCUCUGUGAAUUACAGCAGAAAGUAUGGACACACUAAAGGCUUACUGCUGUGGAACAGAGUCCAGGGAAUCUGGCUGAUUCAUUCUAUUCCCCGGUUUCCUCCAACUCCUGAAGAAGGCUAUGAUUAUCCACCCACAGGAAGAAGACAUGGACAAACUGGCAUCUGCAUAACUUUUAAGUAUAACCAGUAUGAAGCAAUAGAUUCUCAGCUCUUGGUCUAUAACCCAAACAUUUAUAGCUGUUCCAUCCCAGCCAUCUUUCACCAGGAGCUCGUUCACAUGCCCCAGCUGUGUACUGGGUCCAGCUCAUCAGAGAUCCCUGGCCGGCACCUCACUGCACUUCAGUCAACCCAGGGCCAAAAAUUCCUCCAUUUUGCAAAGUCUGAUUUCUUCAUUGAUGACAUCUUUGCAGCCUGGAUGGCUCAACGUUUGAAGACACACUUGCUAACAGAAACCUGGCAGCGAAAGAGACAAGAGCUUCCUUCAAACUGCUCCCUUCCUUACCAUGUCUACAAUGUCAAAGCAAUUAAGAUAUCUGAACAGUCUUAUUUCAGUUCUUACCAGGAUCAUGCCAAAUGGUGUGUUUCCCAAAAGAGGACCAAAAAUCGCUGGACCUGUAUUGGAGACCUAAAUCGGAGCCCAUACCAAGCCUUCAGAAGUGGAGGAUUCAUUUGUACCCAGAAUCAGCAUAUUUACCAUGCAUUUCAAGGCCUGGUUUUAUAUUAUGAGCACUGUAAGUAAACUUGGUGAAAGGACAUAUUUUCAAAGCUGACAGUGGGUCUUCCCAUACUAAUCUUACAAUCUUAGGCCAUUCACUUGAACUCUCUGAGCUUUGGUUUUCUCAUCUAUGAAAUGGAAAUAAUGUCUAGAUGUGUUUAAGCAUCUAGCGCAGAGCCUGCCAGAGUUGACACUUAAAAAUACUGGUGGAAUUUGAAUAUGAAUCCCCCUACCAAGUUAGAAAAGACAAAAGAAAGUGUAGAAAUGAGUAAUAUUUUUCAAAAAAAAAUUUUAAGUCAGAUUAGGAGAAAGAAGUAAAACAACCCACCAACUUGGGGGUAAAUAAAGAAGAGUAACAUAAAGAAACCAUAAUCAAAUCUAA